AUGGGGUACAAGCAGUGUCAAGCAGAUCACACUUUGUUCGUUAAGAUUAAUUCUAACAAGAAAAAGGUUAUUUUCAUUGUAUAUGUCGAUGACAUCAUAUUGACAGGAGAUGAUGAAGAUGGAAUUAAUCAGUUGAAAAGGUUAUUGAACAAAGUUUUUGAAACAAUGGACCUAGGGAAACUGAGGUAUUUCCUAGGCAUGGAGGUUGCUCGAUCAAGUAAAGGUUUGGUUAUAAACCAGAGGAAGUAUGUGCUCGACUUACUCUCAGAAGCUGGUAUGUUAGGAUGUAAGCCUGCUGAUACUCCUAUGGAAGCUGGCUUAAAGCUUCGAGGCGAAGAAAUGAGGGCUGAAGUCGAUAAGAAUCAGUUUCAGAGGUUGGUUGGAAAACUCAUGUACUUAUCCCUAACCAGACCUGACAUUUCUUUUCCUGUAAAUGUGAUCAGUCAGUUUAUGACUAAUCCGAGAGGAGGACAUCUAGAAGCUGCUAAUCGAAUUCUAAGAUACCUGAAAGGUACACUAGGACACAGGUUGUUCUUCAAGAAAACUGGUGAUAAAACUGUAAAAAUAUUUACAGAUUCCAGUUGGGCCAGUGAGGUUACAGAAAGAAGGUCGACAAGUGGAUACUGCUCAUUCGUAUGGGGCAACUUAGUUACCUGGAGAAGUAAGAAACAAAAUGUAGUUUCUAGAAGCACUGCUGAGGCAGAGUAG